CAAUUGUAUUUACAUUAUUAAAUUCCGCUUCCACCACGUCUCUCUGAUUUAUUUUUAGCAUUUUGAUAAAAUCGUUUUAUAUUUUGUUAUUGUUAUCUAGUAGAAAUUUAGUCAUACAACAAGUUGAUUGCAGCGCAAAAAUGUCUGAUACUGUUCAAGAUAAGUGGAAAAAUUUUAAAGUAGCCCACAAUAAAAAUUAUGCAAAUCAAGAGGAAGAAGACCAUCGUUUUGGAAUUUUCCAAGAAAAUUUAAAAAAAAUCGAAGAGCACAAUGAAAGAUUUAACAAAGGCGACGAAACUUACACAUUAGGAGUCAACAAAUUCGCUGAUCUUACUACCGAGGAAAUGAAAAAUUUUAAAGGAUUCGCCCCUAAACAUUUACAAAAACCAACAUAAUUAUUUGGAAUAGUUAUUAUAUGAGUAUUUAGAAAAAAUAAAUAUGUUUUAAGGCGGUGUGUUUUUGAAACUAUAAGAUAAGAAUGUACCUUUAUUGAAAAUAUCUAA